CGCUGAGCUGCACCACAUACAGUGAGUGAGUAGAGGAUAUCAAGUGGAGACCGCUACCGGGGCAUAGGGUCCACCGUUCAUCAACUCUAGCGCCAUGGGUUGUACCAUGUCACAGGAAGAGCGUGCCGCUCUUGAAAGAUCACGAAUGAUUGAGAAAAAUCUUAAAGAAGACGGCAUGCAAGCGGCAAAAGAUAUCAAACUGCUGCUACUUGGUGCAGGAGAAUCAGGAAAAUCGACUAUUGUAAAACAGAUGAAAAUUAUUCACGAAUCGGGAUUCACAGCAGAAGACUACAAACAGUACAAGCCGGUUGUCUACAGUAACACGGUUCAAUCAUUGGUCGCUAUUUUGCGAGCCAUGAGCAACUUAGGCGUUUCAUUUGGUUCGGCUGACAGAGAGGUAGAUGCAAAAUUAGUGAUGGAUGUGGUGGCACGAAUGGAGGACACAGAGCCAUUCUCAGAAGAAUUGCUCAGUUCAAUGAAACGGUUGUGGGGAGACGCAGGUGUACAGGAUUGUUUCUCAAGGAGUAACGAGUAUCAAUUGAAUGAUUCAGCCAAAUAUUUCCUUGACGACCUGGAAAGGUUAGGAGAGGCAAUAUAUCAACCAACUGAGCAAGAUAUUCUCCGAACUCGUGUCAAAACAACUGGUAUUGUUGAAGUUCACUUCACAUUCAAAAAUCUCAAUUUCAAAUUGUUCGAUGUGGGAGGUCAAAGAUCAGAAAGGAAGAAGUGGAUUCAUUGUUUCGAAGAUGUUACUGCUAUUAUUUUCUGUGUUGCCAUGUCAGAGUAUGAUCAAGUGUUGCACGAAGAUGAGACAACAAACCGAAUGCACGAAUCGCUGAAGCUGUUCGAUUCGAUCUGUAAUAACAAAUGGUUCACAGAUACAUCGAUUAUUCUGUUCCUGAACAAGAAGGAUCUGUUUGAAGAGAAAAUCAAGAAAAGCCCGUUAACGAUCUGCUUCCCAGAAUAUUCAGGACGACAAGACUACCACGAGGCAUCUGCGUAUAUUCAAGCACAAUUUGAGGCUAAAAACAAAUCAGCGAAUAAGGAAAUCUAUUGCCACAUGACAUGUGCCACAGACACAACUAACAUUCAAUUUGUGUUUGACGCUGUCACCGAUGUGAUUAUUGCCAAUAAUCUUCGUGGAUGCGGCUUGUAUUAAGCUGUCGUCUUCGCCGCCCUCUUCUACCAUUCUGUGUGUAUCUUUGCUUACUUUUCCCAAAUUUUUAAAGAUUCGUUAUUUUUCUCAUCCCCCGAGUAUGCAUCUAUAAUUUGAGAGCUUUACAUGUACAUUAUGGUUGCAACUGUUUUUAUUUUUUGGAAAAAGUUGCAAUUUCAGAUGUAUAUGGGCUUUUUUUUAACCUCUGAUUCAUUCAUAAUAGUCUCACCGCCCUUCUUUUUCUCAACUAGGAUCCCUAAUUUUUCUGUCACAAAAAUAACACAUAAAACUCACAAUUAUUUAUUUUUUCCUUUUUUCUUAUUUAUUAUAUAUUGUCAUUAUUCACGCCACAUCCCCCGCCCUUCUCACUCCCGUGUAGCCUUAUCGCUAUUUGAAAACAAGAAAACUUUAAAAAUCUAAAUUCAGUUGGAAUUCGUCCCGUUCCGCCACACACCCCCUAAAGGUCUCUUCACCCCGAAUUAUAAAGCUUUGCCCCUUUUUUCUUUCUUUUCUCCCAUUUUUCAACACACCUAGUCACUGUUAACAGUUAAAUAAUGGCAGCUUUUGUCUAUGUUUAAAGAUUUUAUUUUUAAUUUUUGGUAUUUUUCUAUUUCUACUCUUCCCCUCUCAUCCAUUUUCCCUCCUUUUCCUAAAACCACACUUCCAAACUCAUUUUUCUCGCUGUUUUCCUCUCCCUAUUUUUUCUUUUACUUUUUCAUUUUUCCAUCUUUUUUCUUUAAAAUCGUCUCGCUUUUUGUCGGUGAGCACGAUGGUGUGCAGUAGACGAUAUUUUCCGCAUUGGUUUAUUGUCGACUGCACCCACUCAUUGAUAUCUUAUUUGAUAUAAACGACAUCCUCAACUAG